AACCACUGCUCUAUGUGUUGAGUCCCUUAACCCUUGGCAAGCAGAAUAAAGGAAGAGUUCUUUGCUUUCAUUUCCCUAUAUCUAAAAUAUCUUUGGCUUAAAUCUGAAAUUAAAAGGAGGAAAACGCUUCAGGCUUGACUGAAAAAGGAAAUAGAAAGCUAAGAACUUUGAUGGGAGGAGCCUUAAAAUCCUGUAUUACUCAUGUCCCUUCUUUCCCAGCGCUUAGCACCCACUUAAACAGCAAGAGCUAGUAAAGUAUCCAAGUGAAACCAGCGAGUGACACUUUUUUGUUAUCUUUCAAAACCUCUUCUUAUCAUGUCCCGUUGUUAAUAAAUGAAGAGUUUUACCUGAUAGAUCUUUCUACCAUAACAAGACAAAUAGCCAUCUCUGAAGCUUUGACUCAAGGACUGGUCUGUUGUGGAAAGAUUGCACUGAGCUUUUGCAAUGCGAUUUCUUUCCUCUUUCUCCAUGAGGGAAGUUAGAGCAUCAGAUCUCAGUGAAUUUCCUGCAUCUUUGGAGGUCUACUUGAGGCAAGUCAGUUCCUAACUGGUACUAGCAGACUUAAAUUUUUCCAGAAAGAAAAGGGCUAGGGAGCUUUCCAGAGAAGAUAGAGGCACCUGACGGAGGACUGGAGGUUCAGAGGCUGAUCCCAAAGUUGUGAGAUGGAGAGUAAAUAUAAGGAAAUCCUCUUAUUAACUGGCCUGGAUAACAUCACUGAUGAGGAACUGGAUCGAUUUAAAUUCUUCCUUCCAGAUGAGUUAAAAGUCUCCACAGCAAAACUAGAAAAUGCAAAUAGGACAGAGGUAGCAAACUUGAUGAUUCAAAAUGUUGGUGCAGUGUCUGCAGUGACGAAGACCAUACAUGUUUUCCAGAAGCUGAAUUAUAUGCAUGUGGCAAAAAGUCUUCAGGAAGAGAAGGAGAAAGUUGAUAAGAAAUACAAAGGGAAAAAAGGAACACAGCAAGUGAAAAAGAGAAGUCAAACUGAAAUGAGUCCUGGUGCCUCUGCAGCUCCCAGAAAUAGUGUCGUGGAGCAACACAUUGCACCAGAAGUCUCUCCUCAUGUUAAGCCUAAGCAGAAACAGAUGGUGGCCAAGCAGGAACCUAUCAGGAAAGAAGGGUUGCAGAAAGGCUCUAUGACAGUCAUGGUGCUGAAAGCAACGAAGCCAUUCGAAUUUGAGACCAAAGAAGGGAAGCAAGAGAUGUUUCACGCUACAGUGGCUACUGAGAGUGAAUUCUUUUUUGUAAAAGUUUUCAACAAAAAGCUAAAGGAUAAAUUCACUCCAAAGAAUAUAAUUAUAAUAUCCAAAUAUUAUUGGCACAGUCAUUUCCUGGAAGUGAAUAGUGUCUCACGUGUAUCUGAUGCCAAAUCUGACCAACAAAUCAGUGUCCCAAAGCACAUUAUCAGAAAAGCUGGUGAAACCCCAAAGAUCAAUAAGCUUCAAACUCAGCCCCAUGGAACAAUUGUGAAUGGGGUGUUUGUAAUCCAGAAGAAAACAGAACGGAGGAAUCAUCAGUUAUUUGACCUAAGUGACAGUACAGGGAGGAUGGAAGUGUUGGUGCUUGGAAAACAGAACAAAAUUGAAUGCGAAGAAGGGGAUAAACUUCGACUUACGUUCUUUGAGCUAUCAAGAACUGGAGAAAAACUACAGCUGAAAUCUGGAAUUCACAGUUUAGUUAAGGUUAUUAAGGCAAAAAAACUGAAAUGAAAGGAUCAAUUGAGAUCAAGCAGUUUAAAGAACAUUUAAUUGAAGAAUAUCUGAGACAGUAUCUUCAACCAGAUUGUAAGCAACCUGAGAGCAGCAGUAUACGGACUCUGUCCUCUCAUCCCCUAAAUUAGUCAAGAUGGGAUGAUUGCUGGAUAAACAAUUCCAAGGUGUUAACAUAUUGUCGCCAUAUAGGUUUAUUUCUCAUUCAUUGCAGUCAUGUUUAGUUUGGGGUAAGGAUAGGGUUCUGCUUCAUGUAGAUGUUCAAGGAUGUUAUAGAUGUUCAACCUCUGUUGAAUGAAUAAAAUGGUUAAUGGAAAAUAUGUAAUAUAUGUAGUUACACAAGUCAAUACACUAAGGGUAUAAAUAACCAAAUUCACAGGAGAAAAAAUAUGAAAAGCUUGUAACAUGAAAAGAUUGUCAACUUCACUAAUAAUAUGAGACACAGUUAAACAAUGAGUAGGACUCUACUUCUACCGAGAAUGCAGAAAAUGAGAAAGAGUCUUGUUCCCAUGCUUACAACAACAAAAGAUAGCCAGAUGAUCUGCAAAAUCACAACUUUUUCUGAAGCCAUCUGAGGGCUGAGGCUGCAGUGAGUAUCUAAUUAAAAUAUCUAAGAAGGGAAACCUCCAAAGAGAGAAAAGAUGAAAGCACUUGUUCAUUUGGGGGCAGAUGAUAGAUACUAGAUACCCCACAAGAUAGAAGAAUUCAGCUAAAAUUUUUAAUGAAUUGCUCAAGGUUGACCUUGAAAGUGUAGAACAAUAGGAAGCCUCAACGACAAGGAGAAUUUGCAACUGCUUGAAGGCACUUCUCAUUGGAUCUCAUUGGAUGAUCAUGAUAAAGAUUAGGGACAGGCAUGGAAGAGGGAAAGAUUAGCCACUAUGGGAAAGACGUGAAGCCCUUCCUGAAUCCUUCCCUGCAGAAAAAAAAAAAAAGAUUUCUGGGGGAAGAGAAGCAAAUUCUGCCAUUUUCCUAUAUCAGCAGAGAGGGACAAGAUCAGAGGUAAAAAUCUCACCCCUAAGACUCAGGGACACAGUGCCUGCCAAAGACAGGCUGAACCAGGAAAACAGAGAACUCGCCCAUUACUCUUCCUGCAACCUGCUCUUACCACCAGGCUAAACAAGCACCAAAUAGCAAGUCCCAACAUUUAACUGCUGGCAGAUGGUCAAGAGCAUGUAAAAAAGCAUUUUAUUAGGUUCAGAUGUAAAAGGAAUACAAAGUUGAUGGUGUAGCACUAGAGGAAUUUUAAGCAUGUGGUGCACUGAGAGUAAAUAAAAACAACAAAUGUCAAACCCAGAUCUACUCCUGUGGAAAUGAAUUCAACCACCAGAGUAAAGUCAUAGCAAAAAACAAUCCCUGUUCAUUUCCAGGCAUAAAUACUAUUUACCUCAAUCUCUACUUUCACAGAUGGCUUUCAAUAAAAAUUGCAAGACAUACAGAGAAAUUCUGUCAAGAGACAAAUCAAUCAAAAGAACCAAAGUCAGUUAUGGUAUAGGUGAUGGAACUUUCAGAUGGGAUAUUUACAAUAGAUGGACAACAUGCAUCCUCAGAUGGACAAUUUCAGUAGGAAAAGGAAACUAAGAGAAUGAAUGAAAUGGAAAUGCUAGAAAUGAAAACCAUGGUUACACAGAUGAAGAAUGCCUUUAACCAGAUCAUUGGUAGACUUGACACAGCACAUGAAAGAGUGAAUGAACUACAGAUACUACAGAUAGUAAUAAUAGAAAUUAUUCAAAUGGAAACCAAAAAAAUGAAAAAAAAAAAACAUAGCAUAUCUAAGAGACAUGGGACAAUAUGAAGCA